UCAUUUGCUCCUACGAUGUUUUAAUAGCCUCCACACUCGUCAGCGAGAAACAAGAGCCUAGUGGGCGAGCUCCAUACGGGAUCCGGUCACUCUCCCCCGCUGCUCUCGCUCAUCUCGCCUCCUCUCUUUUACUACUAUCGUGGUGUGUCGUCGACGGCGGCGAUGGCGGCUGGUGGCGAGAAGAUCGACUACGUGUUCAAGGUGGUCCUCAUCGGGGACUCGGCGGUGGGGAAGUCCCAGAUCCUGGCCCGCUUCGCUCGCAACGAGUUCAGCCUCGACUCCAAGGCCACCAUUGGGGUCGAGUUCCAGACUCGGACACUCGUCAUCCAGCACAAGAGCGUCAAGGCCCAGAUCUGGGACACCGCCGGCCAAGAGAGGUACAGGGCUGUCACAAGUGCUUACUAUCGAGGUGCUGUCGGGGCUUUGCUGGUUUAUGACAUUACCAAGCGUCAGACCUUCGACCACAUACCUCGGUGGCUUGAGGAGCUGCGAAGCCAUGCUGACAAGAACAUUGUGAUCAUGCUGGUGGGCAACAAGACUGAUCUAGAGGACCAGAGGGCUGUAACCACAGAAGAUGCCAGCGAGUUUGCUCAGAAGGAAAAUCUUUUCUUCCUGGAAACAUCAGCACUGGAGGCUACAAAUGUUGAGACCGCCUUCGAAACUGUUCUGACUGAAAUUUUUACCAUUGUCAACAGGAAGAACCUGGUUUCUGAACCUCAAGGCAAUGGCAAUGGACCAGCACUGUCUGGCAAAAAGCUCCUCAUCCCUGGACCAGCACAGGCGAUUCCUAAGAAUAAGAUGUGCUGUCAGACAUCUUGAUUUUGCAUUCUCUGGCUUGGAUUACGGUUUGGAGUCGUGUGCUGGAAUCAGUUGAGCUGUCUUUGUAAUAGAUGUAUAUCCUAUUGGUAUAGUUUAGGUUUAAGGGAAUCAACAUUGAACUUGGAGAGAAUUGUUUUGUCUAGUGGAUUGAGUUGCGAUAAAUUAAAAAGUUUUCAGGUGCUUCUUUGUUAUAUAAUAUAGAUCAUGUAGAUAGUAAAUAAGUAUUCAGAAUGAAAGAGUAUGUUGUAAGGAUUGGGUUGCGGUGAAUCAAAUAGUUUUCAGGUGCUUCUUUGUUAUAUAA